AUGUCGGUUGUUCUAGAAAAUAUACCGAAUGAUAACUACGAGCCCUCAGAAAUGGAGUUGAUGGAGUAUGGCAAGUGGCUUGGUAUGGAACUUCCUGCGGACAAACCUUUUCUUUGGAUAGCCAGGGAGGGCUUAAAAGCUCCUCUCCCAGAGCAUUGGAAAGCCUGCCGUAGUGAAAAAGGAGAACUGUAUUACUUCAAUUUCAAAACAGGUGAGAGCAGUUGGGAUCAUCCUCUGGAUGAUCAAUUUAGGGAAUUACUACAGAGUGAAAAGAAAAAUCCGAGUCCUCGAAGCGUUGCUAACGGAGCUAAACCGAAACCGUUGCUAUCCAAGGUAGUUAAAGAAAGUUUCAUUGAUAAGACAAACUCCAAUGAGCAACCUAUAUCUUUACAAGGAGGUAACUCUAAAAUGCAGACACUAAAAACGCUCAAAUUGAAAAAGGAACUUCCAGGUGAUCUUAAGUUAGACAUUAAAACAGGAGCUGAGUCUGGUUCUGAUACAAGCCCGAGAGGAUUGGGGGUAUCAAGUCCCAAAGAAGAAAUGACGGAUAUGGGAUGUCGAAUAUCAAAACGAUCAACUGAAAGAUUAGCUUUAAAUAAAAAUGCUGAAUCUUUAGAUUCAGCAAAAAAUGCCUUUAUGGCAGAUUUGGAUGAUCAGUUGCAGCGUUUUCAAAGCGAAAAACUGAGGGAACAUCAGACUAACAAAGAUGAAUAUGAGGCAAAAUUGAAAGAGUCUUGGAAUCGCUCUCGAAAGCGUUUAGAAGAGGAAUACGAAAGAAAAUCUAAGGACCUAAAAGAUGACUUAGAUAAAAAAUUAUGUACAGAGAAAAAUAGAUUAGAAGAGGAUCAUGUUACGCAAAUUCAACAAUUAAGUGAUGAUUUUACUAGAAAGUUUGAGGAAGAAGGCAGGAAAAUUCGUCAACAUCUAAGUGAAGAGUACGAACGAGAAAAAAAAGAUAUUGAAGAACGAUUUCGUUUAGAAAUAGAGAAUCUACGAAAAAAUAAAAGCAAAGAAUUCCAAAAAUUACAAUUUUUAGAAAGUCAGAGUUUAGAUGUGAUGAAGAAUAGCACAGAGGAGUUAAAAGAGACUACAAGUAAUUUUAUUGACGCAUAUAAAAAGGCGCAUGAUGCAUUCGUUGCUGUUCUUGUUGAUACUAACUCAAACUACUCAAACUACAGUGUAAUAGCCCUUGCACAACUUACAGAGUCUGCCAAGGAAUCCUACCAAAAAGAAAUAAAUUCUAUUAGAGAUUGUUAUUACUCAGAUAUAGAAGAUAUAAGGCGCAAAUUUGCAGCAGAUUCGGCACUUUUACAAAAAGAAAAAGUAAAUUUGGCAAAAGAAAAAGCAGAACUCGAAGAGGAACGUAAGGAAUAUUUGAGAGAAAAGGCAAAAUUACUGGAAGAUAAACAAGCGAAGUUUUCUUUGUUACCUCAACCCCAACGGAAGGCAGAGGUUCAUCAUGAUUCAGAUCAGGUACAGGUUCUUGGAGAAAAAUGCCCUGAUACAACAUUUCAAACGAGAGAGCGAAAUGUUCAAGAUGAUAAUAAUGGGACAAGUCCUCGGUCAGAAAAAGAAGUGCUUGAAUCUGUUGUGGCCUUUAUGAAGGAGAACCACAAAAAAGAAUUAGAAGAAGUUAAAAAAGAUUUGAGAAAGCGUGCUGAAGAAGAAUUAAAGGCUGCUUUUGAUGAUAUGAUGCAAGAGCACCGUCACAUGCGUCUUGGGUCUGUAAAUGAGGGAAAAGAUGAGGCGCUCUCUCUUCAUGGAGUUGAAAAGGCACCGUCAGAGUUAAAAACAGAUGAUAAGGAGUAUGAAAGGUCUGCUACUGUUUCUCCUGAAAUAAUUAGAAGAGAUGAUCUCACAGCUCUUCUUACGGAGGCACUUCGUACAGUAUUUGCUGGUUCACCAUUUAUUAUUCCUUCACCAACAAACGGUGAUGCUAUUACAAGGAAAUCCUCUGCUUGUUCUGAAGCAAUUCCUAGUCCUCCAGUUUUUGAGACAAAGGAAGUUAAGUUAGAACGACGUGUAGAUACAUUUCCUGUUUCUUUCCAAGAGCAAAAAGCCCUUCUGGCAGGUGAACGAUAUCGAAUAGAGGAGGGAAAAAGGUUUGUAGAAAAUCAACGUAUGGGUUUGGAACAACGACGGUUUCAACUUAAAACGGCAAGACAUCAAUGGAAACAGGAUGUUAUAGCUGCUAAAAAAGAAGGAUUACGAUCUUCUUCUAGAGAAGGACAAUUACUUAACAAACUACGAAUUACAUUAGAAAAUCAAGCAAAGGGUCUAGAACAUGAUGAAGUUAUUCUUCGAGAUAGUGAAAGAUGGCUCCUCAUGAAAGAACAGAUGGUACAAGAAAUGGAACGACAAAUUAACGAAUUAGAGGGAGGAAAAGCACGUGAUACAUCCACUAACAGUUUGGAUACAGUGGCUCUUAUGACAAGCUUUUUUAAACCAACAACCAGAACAGCAGAUUGGUAUCCACAGGAGAAAGAACCCAUCCGGGAAGUUGUACACACAAGAACGCUGAGUCCAAUGUACGGCAAGACUCUGGAUAAAAUAGCGAGGCGUUUAGAGGAGGUUACUUCAAUGAUGAAUAUUCAAAAACGGAAACGAACUUUCUCCUUGCCUCAUGGCAUUAUAGAGCGACGCCGUUCUGGUCAAAAAACGACAAAGGGAGUGGAGUUUAUUCUCAAUGAGAAUCGGGAGUUUUAG